UGGGUGUCAAAGUAACCGAGGGAAAAAGAAUGAGCAGAUAGAAUAUAAGUGUUGCCAUUCAUUUGCUCAAAUGAUUCAUCUCUUUUUCUCGCGCUCUUUUUUUUUGUUAUUAUAUAUCCUCACUUCUCGUGUCGACUGGUGAAUUUCCACCUUCACGAUCCAUCCUUUUUAACACUCAUUUGACUGUAAUUCUUUAUUUACUAUUUAUAUUAUUCUUAAGCUAUUCCUCUUUAUCCAUUUUUUUCCCACAGUCUUUUUAAUCUAAGCCUACUAAAAAGACAUUUCUUGAUUUCAUAAUGGCUGGAAGCAUGUCUGAUGAGCGUCCGCUCGGUACGCAUGCGGCCCAAGACGAGUAUUAUGCCCAGCACCAGCACGGGUACGACGCUGAUAACGAUCCGUUUGAAGAAUACUCUGAAAAGCCCGCCGCCCCGCCGAGACGACGAUUUUAUAAAAAAAAGAAAUAUUGGAUUAUAUGUUCCGUCAUCACCGUCAUCGUUGUUGUGGUGGUGGUCUUGUUGAUCUGUUUUGUCUUCUUCCCCAUGAUUGCUCAGUCACUCAUGAACAAGGCCAAUAUUCAAGUGAAAGCGGCCAAGAUCACCUUCCAGGAUCCCAAUGCUUUGGCCGCGGCCAACGGUCUCCAAUUAUUCAAGCGUGACGGCGGCUUGGAUCCUCAGUCCUCUUUUUACAUGACCAUGUCCAGCAAACUCAGCAACACCGGUCCCUUCUCAGCCAGCAUUAAAUUCCGUAAUCCUAUUACAGUCGAGUACAACAACACUCAACUCGGUACCAUCACCUUGCCUGACACCAAGAUUGCCGCCGGUAAAGGCACACUCGAUGCUGUUACGCCUUUUAUUAUUACCGAUACCGCCUUUUUUGCCGCAUUUUCUCGUGAAAUGUUGGCCCGCGAAACUUUCAAGUGGAAGUUGAGAGGAAAACUCGAUAUUUCUGCAAUGACAAGAACCGCCACCGUCGAUCUGGAAAAGGAGAUUGAGCUUGCGGGCAUGAAUGGUUUCCCCAAAGUCAAGAUCGAUUCGUUCAAGUUGCCUGGUGAUGAUCCGCAGGGCGGCAUCCUCAUGGAACUCGGUACCGUGUUGACUUCUCCUUCUCCCAUUGGAAUUGAACUCGGUACCAUUAAGCUGGCCAUCGGUUAUGACGGUGUCAACCUGGGUACCGCCAUCGCCGAAGGUGUCAACCUCAGCCAAGGCGACAAUCAAAUUUUGCUUAAGGGUACGCUGGCUCCUCAGAACGAUACCGAAUCUCUGCAAAAGGUCGGGCGCUUGUUCUCCAACUACAUGUCUGGCAAAAUCUCCAAUACCACGGCCACCGGUGUUUCCUGCGCGCCCAAUGGCCGUGAUGCCAUUGGUUGGUUGUCCGAAGGUUUCCAGUCUGUCCGAUUGAAUGUGGCCCUCGGAGCCGAAGAACCAUUGAAGAUCAUCCACGCCGUUAGCAUGGGUUACCUGGAUUUGGCCUUUGAUGCCAACGCUCCGUACGCCCCGGUGGCCACGGCUCCCAACGUGGUGGCGGAUUUCUCCAUUCCUUUCGGUUUCUCCUUGGCUAUCACUGAAGUACAGCAAAACAUCACGCUCGGUACCGAUGCUGAUGGCGACUUUGCCAUGAUCAGUGCUCCCUACGCUCCCGCAGUCAGUGACCAAAGCACCGGCAAACUCCAAUUUGCCAUUAGCAACAGCGCCAUUGCUGGCUUGCCCGGUAGAGAAGCCGCUUUCAACAACUACAUUUACUCCCUGACGGCUUCCGACGCCUAUACUUUCAAGGUGGCCGGUAAUGCUUCGACCAAGGUUAACACUCCCAUUGGUGCUAUUGAACUUUCCGGUAUUUCGUUUGCGGUGAACAGCACGCUUCACGGUAUGCAAUUCUUGAAGAGCUCGCCUACCAUCAUUAACAGCCUUGAUGUCAUCGGUGGUACGGCCGACGCUUUGCAAUUGGGUAUCAACGUCACCAUCGAAAAUCCUUCCGAUUUCAACAUCUCUACCGGCGAUGUCCGUUUGGCCAUGCUUUCCCAAGGCGAAGAACUCGGUGGUGUCCUCCUCGGUGGUCUUUCCCUGAAGCGCGGCACCAACGCCGUGGCCGCUACCGGCACUUUCAACCCCAAGGUGUCCGAUGUUGGUCAGAAUCUUUUGAGCACCUUUGUCAUGGGUCAGGACAACCCGGUUUCCAUCAGCGGUUUCAAUGGCUCCACGGCUGUGGCCUCGUUGAACGGUGCGUUUGCCGACCUCAAGAUUGAUUCUACCCUUCCUGGUCUCAAGGCACAGUUGAUCCAAGGAUCCGCUUUGACCGUCUUGCCCGAAACAGUUUCCAAUGGUAUGGUCCAUGUCAAGGUCAGCAUUGCCAAUCCUUUCUCGGCCACCCUGAAGAUUACCUCGGUCAAGUCCGCCGUCACUUAUCAAGGCAUGCCUCUCGGUAACAUUGAUCAAGACAUCAGCAGCACUCCCAUUGAAAUCCCUGGCCAUGCUACGGUUGAAUCGCUUCCUUUGGGUAUGCAGAUGAACACGGAACCUGCCGCCGUGGCUCUGUUGCUCCGCAAGCUUGCCGUUGAAGCCCAGCUGGAUACCACCGCUUUGGAUGGUUUGCUCGGCAUGGGUGGUUUCCACAUCGAUGGACAGGCCGAUGUUGAGCCUGAGGCUAGCGUGUUUGCCAACUUUAACGUCUCUCAAUACGUCAUGCAGGCCAUGGGUGCCUUGAAGGCUGAUCUCCAACUCGACUCUGGUUUGCUCAUUGGUGACUACCAGAACAAUUUGGUGUUUGGUCAAUCCGCCGUUCAGGUCAAGACCGAUGAUACCGUCACGGCUUUGAUUCCUCUUGUUGGCCAACCUAUUGUCCAACAAAUCGUCGACGGUGCUACGCUCAGCUUUGAUACCAUUGUGUUGUCUGCUCCUACCAAUUCCGGUUUCAAGGUCCAAAUGAAGGGUGGCAUCGCCAACACGGGUCCCAUGGCUGCUCAAAUUGGAUUCCCUCAACCGUUGACCAUUUCUUGGCAAGGCAAGGAAAUCGGUAAAGUCACGAUGCCCACUGUCCAGGCCCAACCCGAUGUUGGUGCUACGAUCGAUGUGGAAGGUGAUUUCACCGUGAGCGAUGAAGGUGCCAUGGCCGAAUUUGCUACUUUUAUGAUCAACAACGACGAAUUUAUCUGGGAUAUCCAUUCCGACGCCGUUAGCGUCAAUGCGCUUGGUUUUACGUUCAACAAUAUCAAGAUGGAAAAGUUCGUCACUCUUCACGGUGCCCAAGGCUUCAAGAAUGCAGUGACCAUUGACAAGUUCGAUUUGCCCGCUCGUCAUCCCGACGGUGGUAUUCAGCUUAUUGCCGAGACGACGAUCAAGAAUCCUUCUCAGAUUGGUUUCAAUUUGAACGGUGUGGCCUUUGCUUCCUACUUUAAGGAUGUGUACCUUGGUCCUCUUGCUUCCGAUGGUGCAGCCAACUUCCCUCCCCGUGGUGAAGUCAAGAUGAAGAUGCAAGGUCGUUUGGUUCCUCAAGAUUCCGCCGAUGGCCUCGCCGCUGUCACCGAAGUUUUUGACAACUUCUUGAACGCUAGCAGUUCCAUUAUGGCCGUCAAGGGCGUGUCCGGUUCGGGUCCCAAUGGCGAAGUGAGCUGGCUUUCCACCGCUUUCAAGACAUUGACCAUUGAGAAUGUCGUACUUCCCGGUCCUGCAGCCAAGCCUGAAUUGAUUGGCGGUAUUACCAUGAUGGACAUGCAGCUUGAUUUCACCAAGGAACCUUAUGCUCCUCCUGCCAGUUCCACCCGCGUUGAAGCUAUCCUCAAGAGUCCUUUCGGUUUCCCUCUUGGUGUCAGCCAGUUGAACAUGGAUGUGAUUGCCACUUAUGGCGGCAACAAGGUUGCCAACCUCAAGGUGCCUGACGAAAAGGCCGUGACCAACGAUAAGAACGUGGUGACCACGCAGUUCUCGAAUGUUCCUUUCAGUGUGUAUGAACCGUCGCGUCCUCUGUUUGAUGGCUUUGUUCAGUUGUUGACCGCAUCUCCUGAAGUGACCUUUGGCCUUGAAGGUGUCGCCAAUUCCAUCGCUGAUACUCCCGUCGGUGCUUUGAAGCUCAACAACAUUGCAUUCAAUGUACCUACCAAACUGGCUGGUUUCCUCAACUUUGGUGGCAAGGUCGACAUUCUCAGCUUGUCUGUGGUGGGUGGCCAGCCUGAAUACGUGGAAAUUGAUCUCAAGAUUGCCUUCUCGAACCCCUCGGCUAUCACAAUCACUGUGGGUGAUUUGACCUUUGACACUAUCAUGAACGAGUUCCAAUCCAGCGUUGGUAUUGUCUACCUCAAGGAUGUCGUUAUCAAGCCUGGUGUGAACACUUUCGACGCCAAGAUGCACAUGGGUGGCACUGACCUGAAGGCUCUGGCUCAAAUGUUGAGCAACUUCUUGACCAACGCACAAGUCCCGUUGACCAUCAGUGGUACUCCAAGCUCGACCAAGAUUGCUCCCUUGCAAAAGGCCCUGGCCAGUGUCAAGUUGGCUACAACCCUUCAAGGUCUCCCUAACCAACUGGUUGAAUCGACUUAUGUGUCCACCACCCUCAUCAAUGCUUUGAUGGGCAAGGCUAGCACCUACGUUACUUUGAAGAAUCCUUUGGAUACUCCAUUCACGGUCUACAAGGUUCAGGCUACUAUCCGCCAUACCGACAAUGACGGUCCUUACCAAUUGGGUCAUAUCGAUUACACGCUUGACAGUCCUUUGACGGUUCCCGCCAAGAGUUCCAUCAUGUCCAACAAGUGGCCCGUCAGCCUUGAUGCCAGCGCUAGCAAGUUGCUCGGAUUGCUGUCUGCCAAGGAAAUCGAUAUUGAUAUCUCUCAAAACGUUACCGUCGUGGUUGGCAAUGGUUUCAAGGGCAUUCUUUACUACUACCAGAACGGCGUGAAAUCGACUCUCGAUACCAAGGGUGGCCUCCCUCCUACAACUUCUUCGGCGUCCGCGGCUCCUUCAACCACCACCACUACUACUACCACUUCGUCUUCUGUCUCCAGCGUGCCUUCCGGAACUCCAACUACUACUCUUCCUCCUACCAAAGAUGAGGCUACCAAUGAGUCAGGUUCUGAGUCCAAGCCCGCGUCCACUCCUGCUCCUUCUCCUUCUGCGUCGGAAUCAAGCGAUAACGCAAACAAGCCUGCGGAACCUAGUCCUAAGCCUUCUGGGGAUGCUUCAUCUAGUUCGCAAGAGUCCAGUUCAUCCGCAUCGGAAACGCCAGCUCCGGAAAGUAGCAAACCCGAAAAUUCCAAGGAAACACCCGAACAAGCCCCUCCAAGCUCGACUGGUUCACCUGUAUCCAGUGGCACCGAUGCUGGUUUAAAGAAUGUCCUGCAACAACUUAACGGAAACAAUGAAGAACCUCAUUUCAUCUGGCCCUUUAAGAUCUAGUCGAUAAUUUAAGCAACUUGUAAUUCAUGUACUAUGUUAUUAUUUUUUGUUAUUUUCUUAGUGCGUUAAAUAUAUUAUCUAUUCUUGAUGAAUCCUGAUGCAUGCUGUAAUACUGUCUGAACUCUGAGAAUAGAACCCGGCUAACUGCCUUGCAAAAUGUGUCUUGCAUCCCUGACAAAGAAGCCUUGGGAAAAACAUUGUUCAAGAUUAAAGCUGUAGCAGAACCAGGCUUUGCGCUCAAUAAGAAUGGUUGGAUUUUGAUUAUUCAUUGUCGUAUCAGCGAUUCCUUUCUCAAUAUCUCAUACUCUCAGUUUUUCCCAUUCUUGCAAGAUUUCAGAGUUGUGAUACCUGCUGCAGAAAAAGAAGGCGCUUU